AUGUCCGUCGACGGAGCCAUCCUCAGCUCAGACAGCACCCCAAACACCGUUCCUGGCGAAAAGUUUUAUUUCAGCCAAGACAAAGUGAGCUUCAGCUACCUCUCCGGCAACGGAUACCCAGGAAGCGGCGACUGCUUCAUGUCGCCAAGCGGAAAGGUCUACGUCUCCAACGUGCGGGUUGUGUAUGUGGCCAACCCUUCCCAGCCAAAUUUCCAUUCAUUUUCGGCCCCACUGCACAACAUCAGAAAUGGCAAGCUUCAACAGCCCUGGCUUGGUGCAAACUUCUACGAAGCACAUGCCUAUCCUGUCCCCUUGAGCAACCUGAGAAAGCCAGGCGUCGUCAAAUUCACCUUUCAGAACGGUGGUGCCUUUGAGUUCUCGACCAUAUUCAAGGAGCUGAGCGCCCGAAUCCCAGAGGGCGUCAAUCCACUCGAGGAGUCGCUUCCGGAGUACCAAGCGCCCCCGCCCCCGCCUGCUUACAGCGCAUCCGAUUAA